AUGUAUAAUAAUGUCAAAGUGGAAAUUUUUGAGCAGCCUCAACCAAAAUCAAUGAGAUUUCGUUAUUCAAGUGAAGGAAAUUCGGCCGGUUCUAUUUUAGGAGUGAAAAGCACAGAAGACGCGAAAACAUAUCCAUCGAUUCGUGUACUUAAUUACGAAGGACCCGCACGUGUUCGUGUAUCAUGCGUUACGAUCGAUGAGAUUCCCAAGCCUCAUCCAAAUCGCUUGGUGGGAAAGCCGUGCAGCGAAGGUAUUUGCACGUUCAAUUUUACGGCGAAAGCUGCAUCGCUUCUUAGAUUUCCACAACUCGGAAUUCAAUGCCCGAAACUCAUUGAAGUUGCAGAAAAUCUGGAAAAGCGACAGGCGCAGAAUAUUGAUCCAUUCAAGACUGGUUUCGGACAUAAGGACAACCUAAAAUCGAUUAACCUACAUCAAAUACGGCUGUGCUUUGAAGUCUUUCUUGUGCCAGAUCCCACAAAGAACGUGAUCCCACUGGAACCAGUCGUUUCGGACAUUAUAUGCGACAAACACAAGACAAAUGUCAAAUUACGGAUCUUCGAAAAAAGCGACAAUUGCAGUGCCGCAUGUGGCGAUAAAAAAAUUUUCAUUCUUUGCGAUAAGGUGGACAAACGAGACAUUAGAGUGCGAUUCUACGAGACCGGUACGGACAAUUCCGUCAUCUGGCAGGAUUUGGCAAAAUUCCAACCGAAAGAUGUCCACAAGCAAGUGGCCAUAUCAUUCCGAACGCCGAAAUACAGAGAUCAAACAAUAACUAAGCCGGUGAAUGUCUUCUUUCGCCUGGAAACCAUAUCCGAUGGAACCUACAGUGACCCGAUACCAUUUCAAUAUGUGCCCGACAAUACCAACAUUGAAUUGGCUUUGAACAACAAAGUAGCGAAAAUUGACGAUGCCAAAGCAUUAUACGAGUUCUUACAAGUGCUCACAACAUCCAAUAUGGCAUAUGAUUUCGAUGCGAACGUGACUGGCUCUGAAAAUAUUAUCCCAGCAGGUUCCUAUUUCGGUGCAUCCCAUGCUCCCGAUAGCAAUGCAAUGGCUGCGAAACAAUCUCAACAAUACAAACCUCAGAAGUCUGACUAUCAAUCGUCAUCUGCUCAAGCUAAUUGUGAGCAAUCGCACUACUUCAAUCAACAGCAACACUACCCAGCAACGGCCCAGUUCAACACAGACUCUAAAUAUGGUAACUUUUCAGCGUCCACUUUCGGAAAUGUGAACGGUGCAAAUGCAACCAGUGCGAAUUUGAACAACUUCAGUAGAAGUGUUCAACCAGCAAGCUAUCAGAGCUUCCAGGCCGAUAAUUGCCCAAUUCCAAUGAAUUGCGAUAAAGGAACGCAUCAUUCGUGUCAACCUGUUUAUGCAGCCGACAAAGUGAUAAUACAACAAUUUCACAACAGCAAUGUUACGAUAAAUCAACCGAAGAAUGUUAUGGACAUACCAAUGAGUGAUGGUUUCAGUUCGGAAAUGAAUGUAUUUUGAAUUUGCCUCAUUUUAACGUA